AUGCGCAGUUACGACGACAUGUGGCAGGUCGAUGUGGUCGAGAUACGUCCAUAUGCGCGGCAAAACAAGGCUUACAACUACGUGAUGACGGUUAUCGAUGUGUUGAACAAGGGCAAGGAGUUCUACAACGCCGCCGUAAAAGCAGUUAUGAACAGAUACAAUAUACAUCACUACUCGACGUACUCGGUGAUGAAGGCGGCGAUGGUGGAGCGGAUUAAUCAUAUGCUCAAGAACGACAUGUGGAGACUCUUCACGCUCAACGGAUCGUACAAAUGGCUCAACGCUCUACUGCGUUUAAUCUCGGAGUACAACAACCAUGCAUUGAACGAUCGGAAUCGACUGGCGGACAUAACUCCCGCCUUGUCAAGAGACUCCUUUCCCUAG